UACCCAACUUCAUACCUUCUGUUGUGUGUCUAAUGGCUUUUCAAUGGCUAAGUUUGGUGGGUGCUAUAUGGCUCCAAUCCAUUAAUGGGACUAACUCCAACUUUCCUGCUUACUCAUCCCAACUCAAGCGUCUUCUUUCCAUUUCACAGCUUGAACUGAACAACCUAGCCUUUGCCUCAGACGCCGGAAAAAUCCUCGGUUGGUUCGCCGGUGUCGCCGCUGGUUAUCUACCCCUCUGGCUAGUCCUCAUGAUCGGUGCAGUUCUUGGGUUGAUUGGUUAUGGGAUGCAAUAUCUUUUCCUAACAAACCAAAUCUCCUCUCUGUCUUAUGUGCAUGUUUUCUUACUCACUGUAUUAGCAGGAAACAGUAUUUGUUGGAUCAACACAGUUUGUUACCUCGUCGCCAUCAAAAACUUUCCUCUGGAUCGUCAGUUUGCGGUCGGAAUAUCAACUAGCUACGUAGGAUUGAGUGCAAAGAUUUAUACAGCUUUUGUUAAUGUUCUAUUCCCUUAUUCAAACGCUGAAAAAACUAAGGGCUAUCUUCUUCUGAAUUCUAUCUUACCCCUUGUAGUUUGUAUAAUGGCUGCACCUGUCGUCGGAGAUAUCAACGUCGGAAAAUCCAAGAAAAUGGCCGGUGGGUUCAUUUUAAUGUUUGCAAUAACAAUAGCCACCGGAGCCUAUGCUGUGAUCAGCAGUUUGGGUUCAGUGGUUUCAAGAGUGAUGACACCAUUGAUGGUUCUGAUUGGUAUCGGUUUGUUCUUGGCGUCACCUCUUCUGGUACCAGUGGCUGAUAAACUCAGAGAAAAGUUUCAGCAAAAAUGUUGGUUACGGGUAGAGAGAAGAGUGCAUAAUCUGACAGUAGAGGAGGGUGAAAGUGCAAUCAGCUUAGAGGAUGGGAUGAAAGUAGAAGAAACCAGUAUAACAGAAUUAGUUUCUGAGGAUAAGAUGAAGAAGGAGAUUGGAGCAAAGUCUAUGCUAAAAAUGGUGGAGUUUUGGUUAUAUUUCUUUGUAUAUUUCUUUGGUGCAACUCUCGGGCUGGUCUAUUUGAACAACUUGGGACAAAUUGCUGAAUCUCGUGGAUGCUCAGAUAUUUCUUCUCUGGUCUCAUUGGCUUCUUCAUUUGGCUUCUUUGGUCGCCUCAUUCCUUCCCUCCUCGACUACUAUUUCUCCAGGAGAAAGACUAAGGUUUCAGGACCAGCAUCAAUGGCGGUGAUGAUGGCCCCAAUGGCAGGAUCAUUCUUCCUCCUCCUCAACGGAACCAACCUCUCUCUCUACAUCAGCACCGCCAUUAUAGGUGUAUGUACAGGAGCAAUUACGUCCAUCUCUGUCUCCACAACCACCGAGCUCUUCGGGACUCAGAAUUUCGGCCUAAAUCACAACAUUUUGGUCACCAACAUUCCAAUAGGUUCAUUUGUUUUUGGGUACUUAGCAGCACUAUUUUACAGGAAAGAAGGACAUCAUCAUGGAGAUGGAAGAUGCAUGGGCAUGGAAUGCUACCAAAAGACAUUUAUUAUUUGGGGUUCACUUUGUCUUUUUGGGAUUUUUCUAGCUUUAAUCCUUCAUGCACGAACCAAAAACCUCUUCUCUCAGACAAGAUCGUAAUAGCAAAGUUGUAGGGUAUCGAAUUUGACCUCUUUUUGAAGGUAAAUUAUAAUUUUUAGGUAGAGUUACCCCCAAAAAAAUUAGUAUAAAUUCUAAAAAUAUAUAGAAUCUACCUGGGAAGGAAACUUUAUUUCAUUCCCCAUAGUUAAAGGAAAUUCUGAAUGUCGUGCUAGCCACGACGUUUGUGCAAUGAUAUAAUUGUACAUUUAACAAUGAUGUAUGACUAGUGUUUUAUUACAGUAAUUAUGAUAUUUUGGCAAAGAGUAAUGUUAUUGGG